CCUCGUGACGUUUUUGUCGAGUGAAUCAGCUUCCACGCUGCCUUCUCUUCCUGACUGUUUUCACGCCUGUUGACAGGUUGGAAACGGCCUGACGAUUCAAAAGCAGGUUUGACUCCCUGAGGAAAGCGUUAGUUACAGUCUCUGACGUGUGAGCUGAUUGUCAACGUAAUGAAGCUGUUUGUUUGACAGAGAUGAACAGUGAAAAUUUCGGCCUGAGCGAGAAGCUCGUGUCAUCCUCCUACAUCCGACAGGGGAGCCAGGCGCGCCGAAGCCACGAGCAGCUCAUCAGACACCUCCUGGAGCAGGGAAAGUGUCCAGAGGAGGGAUGGAGCGAGAGCACCGUAGAGCUCUUUCUGAGUGAGCUGGCUGUGAUGGACAGCAAUAACUUCCUCGGAAACUGUGGUGUCGGAGAGCGGGAAGGCAGAGUGGCAUCCAGCCUCGUGGCGAGACGGCAUUACAGGUUGAUCCAUGGCAUCGGUCGAUCGGGUGACAUUGCUGCUAUUCAGCCCAAAGCUGCAGGAUCCAGUCUGCUUAACAAGCUCACCAACUCAGUGGUGUUGGACAUCUUAAAGCUCUCAGGCGUCCGCAGCGUGGCGAGCUGCUUCGUGGUUCCCAUGGCGACAGGGAUGAGCUUGACUCUGUGCUUUCUGACCCUCCGUCACCGCAGACCCAAGGCUCGCUACAUCAUCUGGCCUCGCAUCGACCAGAAGUCCUGUUUCAAAGCCAUGAUCACAGCAGGCUUUGAGCCCGUGGUGGUGGAGAACCUUCUUGAGGGCGAUGAGUUGCGGACGGACUUGGAAGCGGUUGAGCGACAAAUCACGGAGCUCGGUGCCGAGAACAUCCUAUGUGUUCACUCGACAACAUCCUGCUUUGCCCCUCGGGUCCCCGACAGGCUCGAGGAGCUGGCCUCUAUGUGUGCCAAAUAUGACAUUCCACAUAUAGUAAACAAUGCGUACGGAGUGCAGUCAUCCAAAUGCAUGCACCUCAUACAACAGGGAGCUCGUGUGGGGAGAAUCGAUGCCUUUGUUCAGAGCUUGGACAAGAACUUCAUGGUUCCAGUAGGUGGCGCUAUAAUAGCAGGUUUUGAUGAGUCCUUCAUAGAGGAGAUAAGCAAGAUGUACCCAGGUCGAGCAUCCGCCUCACCUUCCCUCGACGUCCUCAUUACCCUUCUCAGUCUGGGAGCCAACGGCUACAAAAAACUCCUGUCAGUAAGAAAGGAGAUUUAUUUGUUGCUGGCUCAGGAGCUGAAGAGUCUGGCCUCAGCACAUGGGGAGAGAUUGCUUCACACCCCACAUAACCCCAUUUCACUGGCCAUGUCUCUGGAUGGACUCCAGGCCGAGAGCGACAAGGCAGUGACUCAGCUGGGCUCCAUGCUGUUCACCCGGCAAGUGUCAGGAGCAAGGGUUAUACCGCUGGACAAGGAGCAGACCAUAAGCGGCCACACGUUCCGCGGCUUCAUGUCGCACUCUGAGGCGUACCCCUGUCCUUACCUCAACGCCGCCUCGGCUGUGGGAAUCGCUCGGGAGGACGUGACGCUGUGCAUCAAAAGGCUCGACAAGUGCCUGAAGACCCUGAAGAAAGAGGGAAACGCUGCACAAAGUAGUCCCCAGGUUCUUCUAUCUGGACAUGAGGACACUAGCCAGGGAGUAACUGAGCAAAAAUAAAAAAUCUGACAGUCAAAGAAGACCAAAUCAUUUCUGAAGGUGAGCUUGUAUGAAGAAUAUUAAAGGACACGAGCUUUGUACAAAUAUGACCUUAAGAGAAUCUGAAUGUUCACCACUGAUUUGCAAGUAACGCCAACGUGUCUGCAAAGACGAUUUGAUUGUUGUCUGUAUAUGUUGAACAUUUCUUCCUUUUGUUAUGGGAUUUUGACUUCAAAUAGAUUAUGGGUCUACAAUCAACACCAGCCUUUACUUUCUUUGUGUCAUUUCUUCUUAACUAAAGCCUCCGUAGUGCCAUUAUGGGCUGAAAUAUUCUAUAAAUUAGCCAGCUGGACUCAUGUUUGGGGAAUACAUUAGCAUUCCUACUCAUCGAUUUAUAGAGGAAUAUAGCUGUGUAAUGUAAGAUGUUGUGCCAUGUCUUUUGCACUGUGUUGUAAUGUGAUAGGAAUGACGCCGAGCCAUUCACUCCCAUUUGAACUCACUCUAUCGGACAUUUACUUUCAGGCUCUGAAACGCAAGGCAAGGAGGAAGGGAUCAAUGAAGCACACUAAACAUAGAUCGCUCCUGUGUUUGGUAAAGGAAAAGCACAGUGCAAGGAACAUUAACAAUUUAAGAGAUGUGUAAUCAAGUGUUGUGCUUUGUUUUACUUUUUCCACAUUACAUGUACUCUGGAUUCAGUCAGAGCUUCACCGGGGAAUAGUCUUUAACUUCACAGGACUCCUCCUCCUUUGCACAUUCCAGAGGUUUGCUUACAUCUGUUAUAUCCCUCAGUCAUUAGGAAGCAGGGCAGCGCGUACCCUGAGGCACAAAAAUAGACUCCAACUAAAGCCUCACUCACUGAUGACUAAUCUAUAUUUCAAUAACUGCAUGCUCAGUCCAAGUUCUUCCUGUUUCCUCUCUCUUUUUUUUAUCUGCUGCAAAUGCUAGAGAUUGACUUCUCGUUCAGAGUUUUGGGCAUGUGAAGUAGAAGAUGAUGCUGCUGCAUGUUCUGGAGUUCAAUCACUUGUGUGGGAUUCAGAUUCAGAACUUGAAGUGCCAGCUGUCGUCUUGGUCUAUGCUUCAUCUGAGCUGUCCCCAGGUGUGCAUGCAUUUUAGACAGUCAGCACAUGUACGUUUGUUUUUUGUGGAGUUUGUAAAGCAGCUCUCAGCCCUGAAUCCAAUCCACCCGGCAGCCUUUUUGUAAAUCUUGCUGGACGGAUAAAGGUGCUGCGUCAGCACACUUCAGCUGCCCCCAAGCUAAACUGAAGAAUACAAAAAUAUUGUGGAAAAACACUGCGUGGACUGUGAACGCUGGUUCAGUGCAGCACAGUAAGAAGAGAAACUGUUCUGAAUUAAGCCUUCUGCCCCUUUUGAUCAGCGUGUUAUCAGCUGCAUCAUUUGAUUUGCAUAUGGAACGCUCUAUUUGGUUAUCGUGCACAAAGCUGGUUCUUAAUGUGCUGGAUGUGUCAUAACAGUCAAAAGAUUGUUGUUUUGUUUCUUUUCUCUCUCCUUUCCUGUCGCAGUCUUUUGCUGAAGUUUGCAGAGUUCCUUCAGAGUCAGACACACUUGUUUUGUGCUGGCCAGCCUUUAAAGGACCCUCCUCUUUUGAACAAUCUGCUGCAGUGUGCAAAUCAGAAAAAGGGCUUGCACUGAAAUACUAUCUUCGGCCGUCACUGUCUGUUUUUUUUUUUAUGCAAUCCAGCUAUCCGUGCAAACAGAGAACAGCCCAUGCAAUCCAGAGUACAGCCACAUUUUAACCUAUAAUCUUAAAAUACCAGAAGACACUCAAAGUGUCUUGUCCCCCCCCCAAAAAACCCCCAAAUGAUUGUUUACGUUCAUCUCUCCCUACGAAAAUAGACUGCCUUUAAAAAUAUUCCUCUCAAUUCUGCACGCAACGCACUCAAUCAUCAGCCGAAGUACCUCAGGGAUGUUGCUGGAUGACAAAUGGCCCUUUGCUCCGAGCUCUCAGCAGCUGCCGGGCAGAGUUCAGAGAUGAUGGAGGGCCAGAGAGGUACAAACAGGGCCAAAGAUGAAAAGAUGGCCCAGACAUGGGGCUAAAGUUUACCAUCAGGGUCAUGGAUAAUCAGACAGAUUCCAGCAGGGACAUUGCACCGGGCUGUUUGGAUGGGCCCAACCUGUUGGCCUGUGUAAGCUCCAGAGUAAUGGGAUAGUUCUGAUCUGGUCCUGUAGUUAUCUUACAGGGAAGUCUAAGCAGAGAAAAAGAACAACACUAGAGAGCCAUAUUGGAAAGUGCAAAUAAUGAAGAUGCAUGAAAAAAGCAGAAAAUGAUUUUGUCAAAACUCAAAUGUUGAAUAUUUGAUAAAUGUAGACCCUGAAUCACACGUUAAGAUUGCACAUCUAAGAAACACGAUUCUUCCUUUUGCUCUUAGGGUGUUGCAGAAAUAUUCAACAGAAAAAAAUGAUUAAGGCCGUGUGAUUUGGGAGUUAUUUUCUUUUGUACUGCACAUACUAUGAUUAAGGAUUACCUUUAAACGCUGCGCGGUAGAUCAGACAUUUUCUGGUUUACAUGGGAUUCAAAACAAGGGAGUUAUUGAUUUAGAUGUUUUAAAGUUUGUGAGGCGUGUGAGGAUGUGAAAAUUAAAGCAGGCUUUUGCAGAAUUUC